CUUUCAUAACAUAACUGCUCUGCUCUCAGCAACUCUGGACCUCAAGUUCAGUCAUGAAUGUGAUCUCCAUGUCAUCCAUCUGUGCAGGCCUAAUCUGCAUGGGUGGAGACUGGAAGAAACACAGCGUGGACCGUGAGACGUCACGACCACUCCCCAUCUCUCCUGUUACACCUCUCGCUUGUCCUUACGGAUUGAUGUUGAGUGGGGAAGAAGAGGAGUCAGCAGUGUUGCUGCAUUACGUGCAAGGAACCAUGCGCAUUGAUUGAAAAGGCGAGUGAAGGUCUGAUAUCUGGGAGCAAUUUAUUUUUUUUUUGUCAUCCCAGCGCCGUUUUAUCAUUAUGUUAACAAGCAACUUCAGAGAGAAGUCUUGCCUUCGCAUUCUGCGCUUCUGUCUUUGGCUUUGUGCGUAUUCAAUGUUGCGCCACGCUGCAUAACGUCUGACAGCUGGCAUGACUGAUAGCGUGCAGUUGAUAGUAGGUAGACAAUAUACUGAUCUUCACCAAUUUCAGUGGCAGGAACACGAGCUACGCCCUGUCUCUUCCCCUCAAACUGCCAAACCUCUUCAAUAUGCAGUUUAUCAGAUGAUACCUGUUGAUUUUGCGUCGCGCCAUGUUCUUCGGACUGAUGUGGACAAUGAAGUUAUGGGAUAGCAUGACCACUUGUUUGAUACUGCUGAGUGCCGUGCACGCCAGCCCGCUGUUCCGGAGUCGACAGCAGUCCACGUCCACCAAGAGGCGAGGACGCGCCGCCGAGAGUCCCCUGGAGCUUCCGCCGGUUCCGAUGCACCAGUCUGUCACUUCCCCGGGCAAAAGCCGCGCUGAGGCGGAUACAGCAGGCUGGGAAGACGCGCUGGCUGGAGAAAAAUACUUCAUGGAGGAGCCCCUCCUGAAUGAGUUCGAUGAUGUGGUGGACUUCAUCAAAGUGACUAUCAGCAGAGUACGUCGCUCCUCCUCAUUCACCGCGUCUUCAUCUACCUCUUCCUCCGUCACUUCCUCUCCCUCCAAAGAAAACUUGAGCAGCAGGACUCGAAACAAAAGGGAGAAGAUGUUUUUGAGCCGGCAGAGUGGUAAAGGAGAAAGAGGAGGUGCUAGGGCGGGUAAGACAGCCAGGAAGACAAGAGGGGGUGACGGCAGCAGUGGACGAGGACAGGGCUGCGUGCUUAAACAAAUUCACCUCAAUGUGUCGGACCUCGGUCUUGGCUACCGCUCCAGUGAGGAAAUGAUAUUCAGGUACUGCUCGGGACCAUGCAGGAGGUCUGAGACCAACUAUGACAAAAUCCUUUACAGCCUCACUCAGAGCAGGAGGCUUCCCCCUGGAGACAUACCACCUCAGGUUUGCUGUCGGCCGAUAGCGUUUGACAGUGAUCUCUCAUUUCUGGAUGACAGCCUCAUUUACCACACCGUGAAGAAGCACUCUGCCAGGAAAUGUGGUUGUGUGUAGGAAGUGUGCGCUAGUGUCACUCCCACUUUGAAGUUUGACGUUGGGUGUUUUUUCUUCAGAUUUUUAACAUUGUGAGGAAACUGCGGCAUGACCUGUGACCCUGUACGACUUGAGUCCAUAAGAGGAGGGGCGGCAUCGAAGCAAUGACUCCUCCUGAUCCCCUUCUUCUCCGCAGUCACCAUAGAUGAUAAAUGUAUUCGGUGUGAUUUGAAAUGUUUCCAUGGAACUCGGUUUAAAAAACUGAAAUCAGACUCAUGAGGGCUCCUGUACACCACAUACUGUAUGUUACAUGGGGAAAAAGUUAUACACAUAUGAAAUGUAUUUAUGAAAUGUA